AUGAUUUCCUGUGAGGCAAAAUCCAGCCAGGCAGGGGGGAACGGGCCUGCGUCAUUGGAGGAGCCCGAAGUGAAACCGCAAAGGUACUGCAACGCUGAUACAACAAAUCCCUCCGAAGGUAUGUAUCAUACCAGUAGCCCUCGCUGUUGUUGCUAUCGUCGUUGCUGUCUUAGUGUUGACUGCAAUCAUUCAAGUAUCCUCACGUCGGAUCAUUGUGGUUGGUUUCAAAACAAGCUAGUGUAGGUGAGGGAGUGAGAGCCAAGAGAAAGGCUGAAAGAGUUCACGUGGGUGAUUGACUGAAGCCCCCUUCCCUUUUCACCCAUUGAAUCGAUAUUAUCAUGGGUCCAGCAAAAGAUUCAAAAGGGAGUUCUUCCAAAUCAAGCCCACGCAAGUCUCCAAAGAAAAAGGGUGUUGUAUGGACCUACGAUGAGGAUGACGAGUCCACCGUCGAUGACUCCUCGCCUGUCAAGGGUGCCUCUCCCAAAAAGAAAAAGCCUCCAGAAGGAACCGCCGCGAAAUCCGCGAACAACAAUGGCGACAAGGAUGCUAACCCACCAAAAGAGGUCGAGGUAACUUCCGAAAAGACUAGCUCUUCAGCUGUGAAAUCAGGGGAGAAAGAAAAAGCAAAUGAAGAGAAAAAGAACAAAGAAGGUGACCCUCCAAAUGCUUCCUCUGAUGCCACUGCCACCACCCUGAAAGAAAAAGAGGGGAAGAAGAAGGAUGUUUCAAUGAAGAAUGGAGAAAAAGACAAGGGAACAGAGGUUGAAGCAAAUGCCAAAGAUAACUCUAAGGAAAAUGAGAUGGACAAGGACAAGGAACAAGAAGCCUUGAUGAGUGAAGGCAGCAAUGGUUCUUCUGGCCACAACAAGGCCUCAACAAAGUCAAAGGGCAAGGGAAACAUGGGUCCAGAAGAGCCUAAAGAAACCAAGGACUCAGUUCAAUCAGGCAAAAAGAAGGUCUCUACUCAACCCAACAAUGCAAAAGACACCAACAAACCCACCACAGAUGCAGAAGAAAAGGAUGAGUUCUUUGAUGCAAGGUCUGAUGAUCCUGAUGAUACCAUUGCCAACACCAACAAAGAGAAGAGAGCAGACAAAGAUGGCGUUAUCGCAUCAAAGGACAAAAAUGGUCUCAUUGCAGCAGUAUCUGAUGAGUCACCUGUGGAUAGCCCCACAGACAACCAAAGGGGCACCUCCAAUCUACCUGGAUCAGGAGAAGAGAUUGAUGGUAAUCCUGGCAGCAAAAGCAUUCAAAAUGAAAAGUCUUCACAAGCUGCAGAUGUGACUGAUCGUCUGUCAAAAGACAAGGAAGACUCCAAGGGAAGCGACAAAAAAGACAGUGAAUCACAGCCUGAGCCUAUGGUUGUGGACCCAAAAGAUUCUGAUGAUGAGGAAAACAGACCUUCAUCUACUGAUAAAGAUACAAAAGGUGAAAAGGAUGCCCAAGAGCAGAAAAUAGGCACCCACACGAAAAACUCCACCCAGUCAGAAGAUGAUGGAAAACAAUCUGCAGCCGGCGGAUCAGAUGAUGCUUCUGACUCUGCUUCUUAUAAACGGAACAAAAUGCUGCAAUCCAAUGAUACUGGGAGUCAGUCUUCACAGAAGCGUCGAAAACUCCAGGCACACAAGAAGACAGGUUCUCAGAAGCCAACCAAAGGAAAAAGUAGGCUCGCACCAGUGGUUUUGUCUGAUGAAUCAGGUGCAGACUCUGAUGGAAGCAUGGGGUCCAAAUCAAAGAAGAAAAGCGGCACCAAUAGCAAAGAACGAGCGUCUAUGGAUGACGACGCCUCUGCGCGAAGCAACAAGGAACGUCAUAAGUCCUUUCAAAGAAAGAGUUCUGGAUCUAAGGACAAUUCGAAUGAUGAUGAUUCUGAUCGGAAAGAAACAGACGAGGAAACGAUAGAGAGAACACGGGACCUUGAAGUGGGCGAACGUGUAUACGCUGAGUAUCCGGAAAACAGGAACUACUACUGGGGACACGUUGAAUCCAGAAUCAAGAGGAAGAAAUCCCGUUUCUACUUGUACACAGUGAUGUUCGACGAUGGAGAUCUUGGUGAAGACAUUAGUAGAUCGAAGGUGGAGUCAAUGCAACAAUACCGGAACACCCUUGGCGAAGACUCCUACAAGGAGGCUCUAGCUAUUGCCAAAAAAAUUACGAAACCUUCGUCGAAGUCGUCGAAGAAACCGCCUUCAACAAAGCCUCCUCCAGCGCCACCUCAGCCUCCAUCCAAAGCAUCCGAGGGCUUCAAUGGCUUGAAUCUUCACGAACUGUUGGAGAAAGCCUGCGGGAAUUGCCUAAGGUGCAAGGCAAAGGAUUGUGGUGACUGUGGUUCCUGUAAGGCAAAUCGCUUUGGUAAAGAGAAGGUUUGCUGCUUUCAUAAGAUUUGCUUGGAGAUUCCAGAAGACAUGAAGCUGCAGCCUUCGAAGCAUUUGCCUCCCAGCAUUGCAUUUGCAUUUUUGGAGCCUGAGUCCAACCCUCGCUACGAGGGUCUUGUCCUUGUAACGAAAGGAGGCCGAAGGUACAGAGCACUCGAGAGCCUCAACUGGGGCACUGAGAAGCCGGACUUUUUGAAAGUAUACACGUACUUGGGGCUAAGGACUCGCUACAUGGGAAAGGAAACCGCAAGCGCGGCAGCAGCAGUGGCUCGCGAGUCACAAUCCCACAGUCGCGCCGCUGGCGACAGCUCGUCAGAUAAGGCUGUCAAGCCAUACACGCCACACCAACUGAUGCUUAAUCGCUGUGGAAAGUGUGUCAAUUGCAAAAGGGAAGAUUGUGGUCUCUGCGUUUGCUGCAAGGGGAGAGACGCCGGUGGCAAGAAUUGCUGUUUCCAAAAGAUGUGCUUGGAGAUCAAUCUAUCACUCAAAGCUCAGCCAGCAGUUGGAUUUCCUGAGGGGUGGACAUUUGCUUUUGAAUUGGUCCGCACGGAUUUUGAGCACAUGAAUGGCUUUACUCUUAUUGCACCACCACCAACAUCACACAAAUACAACUCGGCGGAGAGGGCGGUGAAUCAUUGCCCCGUCAAGUUGGCCGGUGUGGACCUCUCUUUGUUUUAUCAAUCCAUUGGACUUCCCGGGGCCAUCGUGAAACCGUCUGGUAGUGGCGGAGUCGCUGCAAAGCGGCCAUCGAUCACUGGAGUUUCUCAGGGGCGGGCGGCGAAAAAGGCCAGGGUAGAGAAGUCAGCAGGUCUUACGCUUCGUCAACUCCAUGAACGCCGAUGCAAAAUGUGCAUCAUGUGUCAGAAGCCCAGUUGCAACAUGUGCGAAUCUUGUUUACACAACAAAAACUACACCCGUCCUUUCAAGGAAAUUUGUCUGCAGAAGAUGUGUCUUGAAAUCGAUACAAAAGACAAGGCACAACCGGCAAAGUACUUGCCAGAAGGUUGGACCUUCUAUUACACCGAUCCGAAGAAGCUUCCUCGUGUCGCAAGCUCAGAACACACUGGGUUGGAGGGGCUUGUGCUGCUUUCGCCUGGGGGACGAAGCUUUUCAAGCGUCGAAACUGCGGUUCCGUAUCUUGGCCCUACCAUCACGGACGCCGCCGAGGCUGCAAGGUCUUUCUACAGAAUGGUAGGCUGCCACGCCACUGUGCAGGUUCAGGAUCACCCCCUCUUGGGAAAGGGAUACAAGCAGAGCUGGAUUGACGUGACGGGAAACAAGAAAGUCAUCUACGGGAAGAUUGUUGGCGUAGAAAACGAGCUCCUACUUGGGGGAAUCAAGCGCUUCACCAUUGAGUAUCUGGAUGCAUCAAGAGCGCUCGCCAACGCUGGGUUCUCUCAGAGCGGAGUAACCGUUCCAAAGGCACAGGCAAACGUUGACGAAAUGACCGCUUAUGGAGGUUGUUUGGCCUACAACCCCAACGUCGUCCGUGCUCAUGAAACUCCUUUCUUCUUCUCGUGGCUGGUUCCAGAGUACCGCCACGAGGACUUCAUCGUCGAUGAAGAUGAUAUGUGGACGCCAAGACUCACGUUGCAAUUUCGCGGCUUCCAUCUCUGUUUCACAGCUAAGAAGUCUUCCAUUCCUAAUGCCGGAAAAGGGGUGUUUGUGAGUUGCACGAGUUUGAUGGGUGACAGCAAUGAUGUCUUCCAGCUGCGACCGGGGGAGUUGUUGGACCUAGGCGUGUACGCUCCCUUUCGACGGGAAGACAGGAAGGCAAGCCAUGUCUUUCUCCUCAAGAACUUUCUUCACGGCUCCAUUUGCGAGGAGUGGAAUUUUGAUACCACUGAUGAUGAUCACUUGUUCGACAUUACGGACGACGCCACUGGGAAGUUACACGACAUUGCGAAUCGCCACAUCCCGGCGUACGUGAACGAAACUGAUGGCCACUUCACACCGUCGGUGUUUGCUGGGCAUUCCCCAGAAGGCUGUGUCCAUUAUCUGGUUGGCCAUCACCGAGAAAGUGAUGAACCGUUUACGAUUCGAGCGGACGGUUCUGAGACCGAGAUCUUUGUGGACUACGGUUCCCGCUACGAAGAUUGCCGCAUCCGAAAACAUUACUCGCGUCUUCCGGCACGGGAGGCGGCAGAUCGUCUGGUGCAUCUGGAAGGGAAUGAGAUAAUUGAGGUCUUGGAAGAGUUGAAGACGUACAACGCGUCAGAAGUCACUCAAUGCAUUGACUUUAUGAAUCAGCACGUCAUUAUUGCUGGCCGUGCUUACACUGCAUCGACGGUGGCUCGUUCAUUGAUUGCGGCAGUUUUGUUUCGGAAAAAGGCUGAAGGAUUUUUGCAUUCCUUUGAUCAAGUCAUUGAUGACGCUGAAGUGUGCCGCAAUGGGUUUUCUCAGCCCGAAAUGAAUCGGGCAAUCAAGAAAGCCCAAAAGCUCAUACGACGACUGUUCGAGUCCUGCAACAGCUGGGCCAAUAUGAAGCAAGCCUUAUUGUCCAACCCACUUUUACAGAGCUGCUUGGAGUUUGUGCUGGGGGAGAAAGACUAUGAAGCGAUGUCAGCAGAUGAAUUUGGCGCUUUCAUGAUGGGAGACAACUGAGAUAUGGUGGGUUGACUUGGCGCAUUUUGUUCUUUCACAUACAUGUUAUCUGGCUGGUGCGCCAAGGUUUUCUGUAAUAGUCAUUUAUUUUGAAACAACUGCUCGUCACUGUUGCCGAGAUUUCUCUUUGGCUCUGGGUAGAAUGAGAAAGCGCACCGUGAAGAACUUGGUGGGUGACUCUCUCCGUCCAUUGUGUAGGAUCGUGGCUACCGGUAUUGUCCCAGAGGCUCCAAUGGAUAGGAAGUGUUUGCUAUUGGUAACAUUAAUUGUCACAGGAUAAAACCCUAUGUUGUAAAUAAAAGUACUGGUAUCGAGAUGCCUCUAACAGAUGGGUUGACUCUCUGUCUAUCUGCACAUCCUGGAAUUCUACGAUGGCUAGCCAGCUACGGUAUCCAGCAGCUAGCUAGAGUGGGAGCUUCAAGAGCGGGCACAAGUAAUUUCUUUCAUCCCUUAAUCAGGUUCUUGUGAGCCUUCAACUCCAACCAUAUCCUGUGGAGCAGAAGUCAAGUUUCCACCAGGGACAACCUCGUUGAGAAAGCAGUGCCAUGGCUACUAGCUAGCUAUUCCACAAUCAUCUCGUCUACAAUGCCCGACUUUUCAAUCUCGUCCCAAACAGAUUGUCGGCAGACUACCAAGAGACCCGCACGCUUUCCAUGCAAGUGCUUCUUGACAGCUUCAUCCUGCGCAUCUUCAUCGCCGUCGCCAUCUUCCAGUUCGGCAGCAAGUUGGGCCGCAAGGUCGGCCAUGGACAAGGCAUCGUUUCCUGGGAGGACAACCUCAAUUCCACCCUCUGAGCUUCCCACUUUUGCUUCCGAUGGAACCGAUGUAAACAUGUAGCACAGACUCAAUCGUCCUGGUACAUUUUGAAUGAUUUCCGCAUCAAACAGGAUCAGAUGACUAAUGUGAUUGCAAUCUCCCUCGCCACUAGGCAGCAGUUGAAGCUUGUUUUGAAAUCGAUGAGCCCAGUUGAGCGCAAUGGAAGCACUGUUGUUCCACCGAAAGGGAGGAAGGGGUUCAUCAUCCCCACAUCGUUUCAGCCGCGCCACUGAUUGUUCCACCAACUCGGGCGUUGCGUAGUCGGCUGGAGUAUAGGGAAUUCCUGCGACAUAGUUGCCAGCAUGAAAGUCACCCACCAGACAACCGUCGAGACGGUCUCUUAACGACAAUCCCAUAAAGGCAAUGUCCGCCUGCGU